AUGUCACCAGAGCACUGUCUCGAGAUAUUGAAGAAGGACCUCGCGAAGGACGAUAUCGAAUGCGCGGCGAUUGGGGCGACAUCCUCGGCUGAGUACAAGCAGAUGUUGUCGCUGAUCGCGCAGCUUUCUUCGCUGGAUUCGUGGGGAAACGCACGGGACGUUAAAACACUCGGGAAGCAGAUGGUGCGACUUGCAUUCAAACGCGCUGUAGACAUUACCAAAGCGACGAAGCUCCCGCUGUCUGGCCUAGAUGCCAUCUGCUGCAUCGCCGGAAUGCUCGACGAGCGGGUUGCGCUCGCCACGAACCUGCCAUCAGCGUCCAUUCCCAGGAGCGCGCUCCCUGCGCAGCACCUCGAUCCCCCAAAGGCUGACGCGUACGAGAUCCUCAAUGCGUGCGCAACGCGCGCCGCCACCUGGAUACCGAAGCUCGCUACUCGAUAUGAAGAGGCCUUUCCCUCGUCGCAGGGGCGCGACCCCGGUGUCCCCGAUGUCGUCUGGAAACAGCUCGAGGUAGACAAGUGGGCUGCGCUUGAAGCCGCACAUCGUCAGAAAGAAGAAUUGGACGCGCUUGAGGAGGCAGUCAGAGACGCAUAUCGCGCAGAGGAAGCACAGAAGGCUCUCGAAACAGACCUUGUCUGUCGAGCACGCGAGGCCAGCGCCGACGCAGAGAUCAAAUGUCAGCUCGAGGAGCAGCGCCUCAAGAGGGUCACAGCCAUUGCUGUACGCCAGGCAAAGGAAAAGAAACUUGAGGCGCAUCGGCAGAAGGAAUUAGAGGAGGCGCAGAAGGAGCAGAGGGCGCAGACGAAACUUAGACAGAUGGGAGUGUGCGCUGCCGGCUAUGAGUGGAUCAAGCAGGCAGAUGGCUACGACUCGGACUUCAUGCAACUCCACUCUGCAAACGUUGCUCUUGCACGUUCCGGCCAAGUUGUCGGCAGCGGCUGUGCCUCCCCUACGCCGUAA